AUGAGUUUAUUAAAGCGUCAAUUACCACCCGACUGUUUGUUAGAUAUUUUCACCCAUCUUAAAGAUGACGGAUCAUCUCUUUAUUCUUGCGUUCUAGUUAACCGACUUUGGUGUCGUCUCGUUACUCCUCUAUUAUGGAGUCAACCUUUUGAAUUAUCAUCCGAAGACCGACAUAUAAAGAUUAUUAAAACUUACUUCUCUUGCUUAUCAGAUGUUGAUAAAAAAUGUUUAUUGGACCAAGAGGUAACUUUACCUGAUCCUAGGCCAUUUUUUAAUUAUCCAAAAUAUUUGAAAAAAUUUAAUUCAAAAAAAUUUGGAUUGGCGAUUAAUAAAUGGCUCACUUCGAAGGAAUUAACUCAAAACGUAACAAAUGAAAUACUUAAAUUAAUCUUUACACGCAGCGAUAGAUUAAUUGAUUUGGGCAUCGUUUGUAUUGGAAAUAAAUAUUCUCCCUUAAGUUCCAUGGAGAAUUCUUUACUUGGAAAGGAUCAUGAUUCCUUAUUUAAGCUUGAAAUGUUCAAUUUAACAUAUCGAGAUGAACAAGAUUAUCGACAUUCGAAUCAAGAUGAUAAAGCCGUUUCCAAAUUGAUUGAAAUGAUGUCACGUUGCGCAACAAACAUCAAACACCUUCGUAUAAAUAUAUUGUUGUGGGAUGAUCGCCACACUAUUUCACAAAUUGAUGAAACUAUAUCACAACUAUUAUUAAGACAAAAUAAUUUGAUCAGCUUUGAGACGACGAACUUUCAUCACUCUCUAAAGAUUUUCUCUUCUUUAACGAGUCAAGCCUCAACUUUAAAGGAACUUAAGUUAUCAUCAAACUUUCCUUUUGAUGUUUCAUUCCUUCAAACUUUAAUAUCUUUAAAUAGUUUAGAAACUUUACAUCUUCAUUCCAUGUCUUUUACUCAUAUCCCUUCCCAGUUUACGACGCAUCAACUUUCCAUCAAAAAUUUACAUUUAAUAAUCCCAAAAUUAUCCUCAUUCGAAUACUUACCUAUUCUACUUUCAAUGAUAAGUAACAAUUUACAAAGACUUGUAUUAAAUGGGUUCAUUCAAAAAGUUCUUCAAGACAUUAUAGAACAUUGUCCAAACAUACAAGAAUUGUGCAUUGAAACGAAUUCCCCUCUUCAAAGAUCUUUCUUAAAGCUACUUUCUUCCUUGAACUCCUUAAAGUACUUAGAAUUAAAGAGAGGAAAGAAGAUUGAAUUCGAAUGGCUCAAAGAUGAUUACAUCACGCAAUUUUCAACAUCCAUUCCGUCAUCAUUACUUCACCUCUCACUGCAAAGUAAUAUUUCCAUCGAACCUUUGAAAAUAAUCCUGGAAAAAUGUCAGGCAAAACUUACCACAUUAGAAUUAUGCAAAACACACAUGCAAAAUGAAGAUUCGAACUUUAUAAAUUUGCUAAUAGAUUACGAAAAAAAGAAUUCAGGAUUAAAAAGAUUAAGAUUAUCCUUGGUAAAUUAUAAUGAUUAUGAAUUUAAACCUAGAUUAGAAGAGAUUGAGUACGCAAGAAAAUUUUUUAACGUUAUUUUAAACUAA